AUGUGUUUGUGUGCUCUACAGAACGAAGUGAUCAGCCAGCAGCUGUCAGUCAUCUUUACCCAAUGCUACGGGCCUUUCCCAAUCCCCAAACUCACAGAGAUCAAAAAGAAGCAAACGUCUCGUUUGGAUCCACACUUUCUCAAUAAUAAAGAGAUGUCUGACGUGACGUUUCUGGUGGAAGGAAAGCCCUUUUAUGCCCAUAAAGUGCUGCUCUUCACUGCCUCCCCAAGGUUUAAGUCUCUGCUCUCUAACAGACCAGCAGCUGAAAACACGUGCAUCGAGAUCAGUCAUGUCAAGUACAACAUUUUUCAGCUGGUAAUGCAGUAUCUCUACUGUGGCGGCACUGAGUCACUGCACAUCAGGAACACUGAAGUUAUGGAGCUCCUGUCUGCAGCCAAGUUCUUCCAACUUGAAGCUCUCCAAAGACACUGUGAAAUCAUCUGCUCCAAGAACAUCACCACUGACACCUGCGUGGACAUAUACAAACAUGCCAAGUUCCUGGGGGCUCUGGAGUUGGCAGCCUUCAUCGAGGGCUACUUCCUGAAGAACAUGGUGCUCCUGAUCGAGCUGGAGAACUUUAAGCAACUACUGUAUGAGGAUCCUGCAGAGAGCCCCGGUCCAAGCCCGUCCUACGACGUCCUCCAUGACCUCGAGAGAACCCUGGCCCUGCGGAUCCGCUCCAUCCAUCUCUCCACUUCCAAGGGCUCCAUCGUCUGACACUUUGGCCAAACUCACACCAACUGCUCCAUACAGCACUUUCAUCGAGAGCUCCAUUAAUUGUGUGCCAACCGGUUGGAGACAUUUCAAACAUCACCGCCAUCAUGAACCAGCACUGCCCCGAUGGAAUAUAUUGUAGGGAAGACCGAGAGAUUGAGUGUCACUGCACAGGCUCACACCUCCACAACGUUGCAGAAACGUCAGCCUGCUGAACUCAUACCAUUCCAAGGGCUACGUUUAUGUUGUGGAAACAUUCUAACAAUGUUAUGACAGCAUUAUGACGCCCGACCAACGUAAGUGCCCAGGGAAACCAUGGCUCCUGAUGUCAUUACUGCCUCAGCAAUGCAUGCAAAUGGAUGGGGUUCAUUUUUAGGUGGAACUGUCUUGGAGAACGAUUGUUAUGCUACCUGCCGAGGACAGUUUUACAUUACUCUCCAAUUGACGUUAUAUUGUUAGCCUGCCUUCUGAACCUUAAAUUUGUGUAACAUUCCCUCCAAGUAACACUAAACGCUAAACAAACGAUGCAUGUUAAGUUAGGUGAUGCUGCCAUCAAGUUCCCCUAAGCCAUUUGUGUUCAAGUUGGACAAUAACAUCCACUAGGUGUAGAGUUUUACAAAGGAGGUGUUUUGUAUACUUAAUACUCACAUCCAACUACGACUUUUGGUAUUUGUGUCACUGAACAAUAAGAAUGCCAGCUGUUUAAAUCCUAGCACUUGUGUUUAACGCUUUGCGGUUCUAAGGAAUACCUUCAGCCAUUUGUAGACUGAUCCAACACAAAUUAUCCAACCAAUGUUAGACUAAACUUGUUGCUUUUAGUUUAUACGUCUCACCGAAAGUUCGUGUUCACCAGCGCAUUAGGUCUGAGCUAUUUGUUUCAACCCACACAUUUCAAAGACCCUCUAAUCUACCACGGUGCUUAGUACACUUAAAACUGAGCAGUUCAUCCUUGCCUUGAGGUCACAUAAUAACCAACGAUCUGUGUCAAAUAAUCUGCAUGGAUCCUCCGCAGCCUGUCUGGAGCUUCUGUAAAAUACAAAAAAGCUAAUUUUCCUUUUGGUGGAUGCAGAUUUACUAGCAACCCUUUGUGCGGGACUCUACUGUCUUCGAGUCUGUCGAAAUCAUGCGUUAUGAAAGAUGCCAUUGCACUGGUCGCCAUCUUCAUGACCCAAUGUACAUAUUCCCAGUCCUCACCUGCUACACUGCUUUUGUUCAAUGUGAAAAAUGUGAAGCCAACUCCAAACAAGCUGUUUUAAGUGAGCAUGUUCUGGUUUUCCUGUGUUCGUCUGUAAUCCUUCAGGAUGUUGGCAAGUUCGAAACUGUACUGGAUUUAUGGUGUUACCAGCAGAAGAUUUUGUUAGCCAGGCUGAACCCAAAGUAACAGAUUUAGAAAUAUAUAAAGCAUUUCAUCCAAAGAUUAUCCAGAAAUGACAUCAGAAUUUCAACCAAAUACUCCAUAUAUCUCAUGUGUGCCAUUUAUUGGCAUACAUGAGAUAUGAAUAUUGGAUAAUAUACAAUUAUAAAGGUACACGUCUUACACAUGCUGGUAGUGCAGUCCAAGAGUCCUGGUUUGUUUAGAGAUGUUUUGUAUGAUUUAUAUUUCAUGUACAGUAAUGGAAUAACUUGGUUAUGAACAUCCUCGUGUAACAUGAAAAGUUGGAUUAUUGCUAAAUUUGCCAAUUAAAAUACAUAUAGAUUAUUGAUAUGUAGCUGACUAUGGAAUAACAAUGUCAUGAUGCAAAUAAUUUUAAACUGUGAAGAUACAUUUAUUUUAAAGAAACUUAGCAUAGUUACUUUAUUUUCUUACGAAGUACAUUUAUUGUGAAAUCCCUGUCUGCUAUUUUGUGUAACACAGAUAAGUCAUAAUGUAACUGUAUCUAUGUCCUUGCAUUUGCAAAAUGCCAUUGCUUUGAUAAACUAGCACAAAAACGGACACGGAUAAAUCAUGUUUAUGUAAUUUUGAAGAUCGGACCUGAUAAUUUGCAAUGUCUUCAUUAAACCCCACCAUUUGUGUUCGCAAAACUGGAUUUGUAAAAGCAAUACUUGGCACAAAUAUGUCCAUGCAAGGUUAGUUUUCUCAUCUGACCUAUUACUUGUGCUUAGCAUGGAUGCUUCUCCAUGUAGCCAGAUGUAAAGCAGAGGUCAAUGUCAUGAAGUGUUUGUAAAAGCUGUACACCUCACAUAAAAAAGACUUGCUCUGUGUUUCUUGGCUUCAGCUUUUUUCUGCUUCAAGGCUGUUAAACAUGCUUUAGCUCUCCACUAAUGCACACCUUUUGACAUGUUUAUUAGACAAAAACCUGCAUGCUUUGGCUGAAUCAGAGUCGAACAGAAUUUAUUUGCUAUUAUCAUUUCACUUGAUUAAAACAUUGUACAUUGUACAAAAGAUAUAUAAAGAAAUAUAUAUAGAACUUGGUGUAAAUA